AGACGCGUUGGCAAUUUCCUAAACACAGUCGGUCAGUUGAGUUAUCAUCCGAGGCCGGAGCCGGGGAGAGGCGUGUGUGUGUGUCUGCGUGUGUGUUGGAUGUAACACCGGCUGGAACACGACCCGCAGAGACAGAAGAGUGUUGGACACCGAUUUGACAUGAGCAGGGUGCCCUGACAUGGACAAAGAGAUGAUUCCCAAAUUUUCAACAAAGGACGAGGAGGUGGAUUACUGGAAGUCCCAAGCCCUCAAAUACAAGAAAAGCUGCCAUGAUGCUCAGGAGGAGCUGCAGGAGUUCCAGGAGGGGAGCAGGGAGCUGGAGGCAGAGUUGGAGGCGCAGCUCGGACAGGCCGAACAUCGCCUCCGAGACCUCCAGAGUGAAAACGAGAGACUGAAGAACGAGAUGUCCAACCUCAAGGAGAAGCUGGAGCAGCAGUACGCCCAGAGCUACAAACAGAUUUCUAUGCUGGAGGACGACCUGGGACAGACUCGCAGCAUCAAGGAGCAGCUCCACAAAUACGUCCGAGAGCUUGAACAGGCCAACGAUGACCUGGAGAGAGCUAAAAGGGCAACAAUCGUGUCUCUCGAGGACUUUGAGGGCCGUUUAAACCAGGCCAUCGAGAGAAACGCCUUCCUGGAGAGUGAGCUGGAUGAGAAGGAGUCUCUUCUGGUGUCCGUGCAGCGGCUGAAGGAUGAAGCACGAGACCUGAGACAGGAGCUGGCAGUACGAGAGCGAACUACAGACAGGAUGUCGGCACCCAGCUCGCCCACCUUAGACAUCGACAAGAUGGAUUCUGCAGUGCAGGCGUCGUUAUCCCUCCCUGCCACACCUGUAGGAAAGAGCCUAGAGCACCCGUUCAUCAGCCAGAAAGCGUUGACCAACGGCUGUGGCAACUCGUCCCUCACUCCCUCUGCAAGAAUUUCAGCUCUCAACAUCGUUGGUGAUCUCCUGAGGAAAGUUGGGGCUUUGGAGUCCAAACUCGCCGCCUGCAGGAACUUUGCCAAAGACCAGGCAGCAAAAAAGAACUACUCCAAAGAAAACGGCACACUCAUCAACAGCAACGCCACCAAGUUCUCUCACUCUCUACACACCACUUACUUUGACAAAACGACUGUAAACGGACUGGACCCGAGCUCUUUGACCUCCAUGGCAGCAACCAGAGCUGUGUCUCCACCCGGCAUGCUGCCUCUGAGUGUGUGAGGCGUCCCGACCCUCUACCCCAUCCAACCCAACACAAAGACAGAGAGGACACUUGAAAGACCAUUACAUUGUGUGCUAAGUGUGUGUGUGUAUGUGAGUGUGUGUGUGAAACAGAGAGAGAGAGUGUGUGUGUGUGUGUUGUGCCUGUUUGGGGAUUGUGCAUUUUUUUUGAACGUGAGGUGUGAAAGAGGAGGCGUGACUUCACGACGUCUGCAGCUCUGAAUGCAUCUGUGCGUAGGCGAGGACGCUCCUGCCACAUCGUUGCAUGUGCCUAAAGCUGAACUGUACUCUGCUCGUAUGAAUGUCGCUGCACAUGCGUCGCUCUCUACACGUCGACGCUGAAGCGGCGCCGUUAUAUUCUCCCGAGAAAAAAAAAAAACUACUAUCCCCGACAAAAGGUCCUGAACACGGACCACGGCUUCUUUUCUUUUUCCUCCUGUAUUUUUCCACUUAAAUUGCACAGUUAAAAUACUCUCAAUUUAGAAUGUAUGAUAUUUAAAAAGGGAUCUGUUCAUAUUAAUUUAUCUCACGUUAUGCUUUAAAAUGCAAUCUUUCUUUUUUCUUUUGCUAUUUUUUUUUCUCGCAUGUGUGCAAAAUGUACUGUGGAGGUCUGGAGCGGCGCGGCGGGACUCCACGUUCAUGACUGAAGUGAAUGUUGAUCGUUCAAAGCCAUGCAGUGCACUCGUUCUCUCUCGUCGCCGGCUAGUUGCCGUAAUUUAUUUGGAAGUAGUCUCUGUGUUAAAGGGACAGUUCAGCCUUAAAUCAGAAAUAUGUUUUGUUUUUUCCAGAGCACCUGUAGUGCUGUUUAUCCAUCGAGAUUGUUUUGGUGUGAGUUGUUCAGCCGAUAUCGCCAAAACUAGACAGAUAGCAUAAAUAGCAUCACAUGUAACAGGACAAAAUGUGUUGAAUAUUGUUGAGUUUUGGAUUGAGCUGAUUCUUUAAAGUGAUUCUGUCUUCUGGGUUAAAUUUAAAACCUGCACUUACGCUGCUCCUCACAGGUUUGGCUGCAGUCGAGUGUUUUCCUCCUCUCUCUGGAGCGCCGCUGACAUUUCGAGGGAACAGUUUUGCCUUUUUAUUUUUUAAAUGUUCGACGUAUACAUUUUUUAAAAUUAUUAUUAUUAUUAUUUUGAUCUUGUGACAGGCUCAUUUACCUCAUUUUGUUAGUGGAUUCACAACAUUUGGCUUUAUAAAAACUUCCAUUCAAGGAUCCUUUUUGAGGCUGUUGACUGACGCUGGCUGGUCUGAUGUUAGAUUCAUGAUCUGGAGGCCUUCGUGUCCUGCAGCACAUCUGCUGAUAUUAAUGUUAUUUUGACUUCACUCUUGAAGUUGUUUUUUUUUAGCAGGUUGGACAUUGAUUUCACCCCGGAGUUUAGUCUAAAUCCAUUUUGCCCACUUUCAAAGACCAUCAUAAGUUAAAGCCUUUAGUAUUCAUUGUUAUUUAAUAAUAUAAGAUGUCAUUUUUGGGCACUCUUAUGAGCCUGUUACUAACGUGUGCUCUACAGUCGGUGUAUAUAGCUUGUAAGGAUGGUAAUUUUGCCUACCACAUUUGUACAUACUGACAUUUGGCAUUAAAGUCCUAUUUAUUUCAGAUUCUGUAUGGCAUGUCCAGAUAAUGAAUGGUUAAAGCCAUUGUAUUAUGAUAUCAGAUUGUUUGUCAAAAUUGUUUAAUUAAAUAAAGGUUGAGAUGACAAAUA